AGUCUUCUCAUGCUGCCUCUGCCACCUUCUCGGUCAGAAGAUACCAGUUCAGCUUUAACACAGCAUGAUCGAAACAUACAGCCAACCUUCUCCCCGAACUGUGGCCACUGGAGCGCCCGUCAGCAUGAAAAUUUUUAUGUAUUUACUUACUAUUUUUCUUAUCACUCAGAUGAUUGGGUCAGCACUUUUUGCUGUGUAUCUUCAUAGGAGGUUGGACAAGAUAGAAGAUGAAGGGAAUCUUCAUGAGGAUUUCGUAUUCAUGAAAAUGAUACAGAGAUGCAACAAAGGAGAAGGGUCCUUAUCCUUACUGAACUGUGAGAAAAUUAGAAGCCAGUUUGAAGGCUUCGUCAAGGAUAUAAUGCUAAGCAAAGAAGAGGAAAAGAAGAAAGAAAAAAACUUUGCAAUGCAAAAAGGUGAUCAGGAACCUCAAACUGCAGCACAUGUCAUAAGUGAGGCCAGUAGUAAAACAGCAUCUGUUCUACAGUGGGCAGAAAAAGGAUAUUACACCAUGAGCAACAACUUGGUAACUCUCGAAAAUGGGAAACAACUGACCGUUAAAAGGCAAGGACUCUAUUAUAUCUAUGCCCAAGUCACCUUCUGUUCCAAUCGGCAAGCUUCGAAUCAAGCUCCGUUUAUAGCCAGCCUCUGCCUGAGGUCCACAAGUGGAUCCGAGAGAAUCUUACUCAGAGCGGCAAAUACCCACAGUUCCUCCAAACCUUGCGGCCAACAAUCCAUUCACUUGGGAGGAGUAUUUGAAUUGCAACCAGGCGCUUCAGUGUUUGUCAACGUGACUGAUCCAAGCCAAGUGAGCCAUGGGACCGGCUUCACAUCUUUUGGCUUACUCAAACUCUGAACAGCAUAACCUCACAGGCUGCGGCUGAGCUGCCGCUGGCAGUCUUCAUAAUACAGCAAAGCAGUUAAGACCACCCCCUGUUGAACUGCCUAUUUAUAACCCUAGGAUCCUCCUCAUGGAGAACUAUUUAUUAUACACCCCAAGGCAUGCAGAGCUGUAAUAAGUGAAUUACA